UUUUCUCCUUCUUCGCAUUCUGAGUUUUCACUUUCGUCUAUCGGGCGCCACCGUUUCUCUGGAGAUUGUUAUGGUUAGUCGGUUAGUGUUUUUGCUCUGCUGUUGCUGGUGAAGAAAUGUCGGUGAUCAUCAAACGGUUGGAGGGAGAGUUGAGAGCUGUGAGGGCGGGAUUGCCUGUUGGGGUUUUAAGUCUUGGACCAGUAGGCAAUGGCGAAAACCUUAUGAAAUGGGAGGCAACAAUCGCUGGCCCUGAGGGGAGUCCUUAUGAGGGGGGCGAGUUUCAACUAACAAUCGAUAUUCCUCUGACAUAUCCCCUGAAUCCACCAAAGGUAUUAUUUCGAACGAAAGUCUACCAUCCUAACAUUAGCUCGUCUGGGAUGAUUUGUUUAUCAACUCUGAAGAAAGAUGCCAAAGAAGGAAGGUGGGCUCCAGCAACGAAGCUUCCAAUGCUUAUGAUUGCUAUUCAGUCCCUUCUCAGUGACCCCAACCCAGAUGAUCCUAUUGUGCCAUCCAUUGGAGACCAAUUUAAAGAGCAAAGGGCAGAAUUUGAUAGAAUAGCACGAAAAUGGACAAAGUAUUAUGCAACUCCAAGUGCCUGAAUCUAAUGUCAGGAUGGAAAGACAAUCAAUAAAUUCUUGCACUCCA